UUAAAGUACCUCGUAAUUUUCGCUUAUUGGAAGAACUUGAAGAAGGUCAGAAAGGAGUAGGUGAUGGUACAGUAAGCUGGGGCCUUGAAGAUGAUGAAGAUAUGACACUCACCAGAUGGACAGGCAUGAUUAUUGGGCCACCAAGG